GCCAGCUACAACUAGAUCAGACCAGAUUUAGCCAUAUAAAGUGACAACCAAUGUUAUACCCUCACAUGUUCUGUGUUCACUAAUGAUCUGUGCAUGUGCCAGGAACUCACACAUCAAACUGACAAGAAGAAUUGUAUUCACAAUGCCAAGGAAAGCAGAGAGGGGAAUACUUGGGUAUAAGAAGGACCCCAAACAUCAAAUACUAUUUUCCUUCAACCCUCGGGAUGGAGAUGAGUGUCCCACUAGUGACUCAGAGGUCGAUUAUCUCCCUUCUGAUGAAGAGCGACCAUCUUCAUCAAAUAGUAAGAAUACUACAAGAAAGCAAGCAUCAAGACGUAACCAUAGCAACAAGACAGGAAAAAGGAAGUCACAUGACCACUCUGACAUAGGAGCCAACAAGGUAGCAAAAUUUUCAAAGAAUGAAGCAUCUCUUGUGUUGAAGUCUGACUUCCAGGGACGUCUGCCACCAGAAGUGUGGCUGAAGAUAUUCAAGAUGGUGGUUUGCAGUGAUGGAGCUCUACCCUUCCUUUGUCGAGCAGCAAAGGUGUGUUGCAUGUGGCGUGAGCUGGCAGAGAACCCGUCGCUAUGGGAUACCGUGGACCUGUCAUAUGGCUGGAUCAAGUCACAAGACCAGACUCUGGUGUAUCUGGCCAAUCAACGACUGAGUCAGUGCCGGACAUUGUCUUUGUCUAUGUGGAAGAAUCUCACAAAUCAGGCCGUCAAGGUGCUGUCAGAAAAGUGUCCCCUAUUGAAGAGCAUAAAUUUGUCAUAUUGCAAGAAAUUGACAUCAGAAGCUAUUACAGCCCUUGUCAAGAAUUGCCGUGAUAUUGAAGAUAUGGAUUUGUCGUUCACAUCAAAUGACGCUGUCUCUGUGUCCUGUCUGAAGAACCUGCUUCAGACACUUGGCGUCAAUCUGCGUCACCUGACAAUAGGCGGCAACACGCUGAAGGGAUUCCCUACAUUCUUGACAACACUCAUGAACUCCUGCCCCAACCUGGAGACCCUGGAUGUAUCAAAUGCCGUGUUCUCGGCAGACUUUGUGUCCCUCAAUAUCGAGGCAUUUCAGGCUCACUGUCCCAAGUUACGAGUCCUCCGCCUCACUAAUUCCAAGUUCCGAGCUUCAUAUGUCUCUCAGAGAAUUAAGGCAGAGUCCCUGGGUUUCUCAGCUGGAGAACUGAGGAAAGGGCUCAAUUCCCUAGAUUUGAUGAUUAUUCCAGAGCAUGUGUUACAGUCUCAGGCAGCAGAAAUAUCCACAAUGUUACUGAAGUCGUCGGUGGAGUUGCGACUGCUGGACCUGCGCGGCUGCACCAACCUGUCCACGACGUCACUGCAACAUCUUCCCGUAACGCAUCUCUUGCAGCUCCAUAUGUCACAGAGCUCUGUCACCAAGUAUGGUGACCUUGAUGUGGUCUUUAGAAAGAUCUAUCAUGGAACGGUUUCCCCCGAGAACCUGGACAAGGGUGUGGCAGCCCUGGCCGAGGGGGACGAACCGUCACCGCUAGAACAUCUCAAUAUUGCCGGCACUUCAGUUGGAGUGACACCGGUCAAACUGGUACUGGAGCUGUGCCCCAAGCUGACCUACAUCAAUCUGACGUCCUGCCGGUCCCUGCCACGAGGGGUGAAGAGAGAGUUCAACGGAAGGAAGAAGAUCGUUAAGCUGAAGAAAGACUUUGAAGAUGUUUCCGACUCCGAGCUUGACAGUUUGUCAGACUAGAGCAUUUUCCUCUUGUAGUAUGUUGUUGUUUUUUAAACGCCACUCAUGAUUGUAGGUGUAAAAGGAGGGAUGUAAAGAAUAUUGCUGCAUACAUGGUAGCUCAUUAAUGAAUUAAUGCAGCUAUCAUCAAUACUAAAGCUGUAAAUAAUAGUUGGUGCUUGAUAUGCAUUGAUGCACAUGGCCGGCCCAGUGAGAUUUUUUCAUUUGG